AUGCACACUCAGCGCAACACACACGCUCAAGUGUGGAUUCGCCUUCUUGAGUUGCCUCAGGAGUAUUGGAUGGAGCAGACGCUUCGGGAGAUUGCAAGUGCGGUGGGCACUCCUCUCCUGAUUGACAAUGCAAUGACUAAACGCUUGUUUGGUCAUUACGCUCGCAUUUUGGUGGAUAUGGAUUUAUCUCGCAAACUUUUUCAUGAAAUUGUGGUUGAAAGGGAAGGGUUUGCGUUUACGUUGGAAGUAGCAUAUCAACGGUUACCGACCUUUUGCACUCAUUGUCAAGGCAUCGGGCAUGAUGUGUCUGCCUGUAGAAGGCUGUAUCCCCGGCAGGAAGCACCUGUGUCUAAGGAAAGGAUCGCACAAGGGAAGCAGCAAGUCCCGGUUUCGAAGCCAGCUUGGAUCCCAACACAAGACAACCCGUCGGGUAUUGGCUCAUCCGCUGCGUUUGGAGCUAAGAUUCAUGAGGGUACGGCUGAAGAAAUUCCACAAUCAUCUAUAGCUGCUCCUAUUCCUGUUCAACUUAUCGAUAAUCCGACAUUUGAAAAAGAAACAGAAACAGCAACAUUACAUAAGGAAGCUGACGAGAUAACUAUGCAACCAACUAAAUUGGCAGCCAGUGCAGCAGCCGCGAAUAUGGAUGUCCAAUCCGAGCAACAAGAUUUAGACGUGAUUGACCACAAUGUUGCUAAUAUCCCUCUCCAAAUUACCUUUGACGGCACAGAGCAGGCAGCGUCACAAGGGGCAGCAGAAACGCAUGAACUUGAAGAGGUUUCUCACGCAAACACAGAGGAAAUUCCGGUAAUUGUCUAUGACACUUCUAAUAGUAGGCCACUUGUGAAUGUUUCUGAUCCUAUUGACAUAACUGAGGAAGAGCAUACUGUCCAUGUUUUGUCGCCUGCCCGUGAUACUACAUUGGAUAUCAAUACCAUUGCGGCGCCGGAGGGUAUGCCACUGCAUCCGGUGGUGCAAGCUGACUUGAAUUUUAUGCAGGACUGGUUGUCAAAAGCUGCGCUAAAUGAAGAGGCACCUUUUAUUGAUGUAGUUUCAAAGUCACAGAAGAAGAAAAAAUUAAAUAUUCCGACGGUUCCACCUAAAACCCGCUCUAGGGGUCCACCCCCACCAUUUAAAUGA